CAGCGCCAAGCGGCAGAGCAGAGUGUGAGUGUAUUUGUGAAUCGCUCCCCAGUGCGCUCAGACCACAGAGCAGCAGCAGCAGACAGGACUCGGUUAACGGAGAGGACGCACACGUUUGGAGCGAAACGCAUUUUAAAGGACUAAAAGGCAAGGUGCUUCUCUGCAAGACGCAUGAGCGGCAGCGGGUGGAGGAUGCUGAUAAGCCGCUCCGUGGUGGUGGAGUGCGGGUAGUGCACGCCGCGCUGCGCCGGGUUCGGCUCGUGUAAACGGACGUUCCGGUGCUCCGGUGCUUCGGCUGGAGACCCGUGUUUGUGGACUUUAAUCACACUGGACUUUUGGCUUCAUGCCUGAGCAGCAUUUGUGAGAUUCUGAUGGACAUUUAUUCAAAGAGAUUUUUUUUUUCCAACCUAAGAUCCACAGAGGUAGUUUCAACCAGAACGGCUUCAUUUGGACUUUUUCUUGUUUCCAUUAUGGGACCUUACGCUAAAAGUCGCUCCUGGACAUUUGAUAUUGGACUGGAAUCAUGAUAUAGCAGACAGAAACUCACAUAUUCCCUGUUCAAUCGUUUUGCGUUUAGUUUUUAAGUGAGAUAUUUUUGUCAUGUUACGCUUGGAGAAACGCGCACAGAAAAACUUUGAAAUACGAUAAGCUACUCAUGGAGAGUUUGUAGUCUGCUUAAUAAGAGACAAAACAAAAGCAGUUAGAGUUCAUGCAUAAAUAGGAGAGCAGGGACGGAGUUUACGUGCGUAAUUGGACACAGUCUGUCCCCUCUCCUUUUUGCGUCCUUGGAUAAGUUGAAAAACAAAGUCAGUUUAUCCACAACAAUGAGGACUUAUUUGGUGAGUUCUUUUAAUUAGUAGAUAAAUCCGUUUAAUUAGUCGUGUGAUAUAGACGUUUGAUUGUUUUUUUUUGUACAUCUUUUUUCCGCUUUUUGCUCUGUGGACAGACGGAAAAACAGACAGUGUGCCGAUGUCUGGCAAACUGGCCGUCAUGUGGGAUUGAUUGCAGGGGAGUAUGUUUGGGCUGGAGCAGUUUGGUUCUCAGAUUAAUAGCAGAAACCCUGGCCAGUCAGAGAGAAACAUAAACCAACCGAGACUGAACAUGGGCUCUCAUUAUAAAAGCCCUGGUUUUCACGCUGGAGGCCCGCCGGGAGCCGUGGAGCCCGGCAUGGGCCCACUGAGCGAGCCGCAAAUGCUCGGGCUCAACAUGAACAUGAACGGGGAGCAGUACGGUGGCUUUCACCCGCGGGGCCACUCGGACAUGCACACAGGAGGAGGACUUCAGCAGCAGCAGCAAGGACCCAUGCAUGGAUUUUUCAACAACCAGCAACCUCAUCAAGGGCACCACGGCCACCAACCUCAUCCCCACCCACCUCACCCUCAUUUCAGUGGGAAUUUUGGAGGCCCAGAGCCAGGCUCAUCAUGCCUGCAUGGUGGCAGGCUAAUGGGCUACAACAACAAUGGCAUGGGACCACAGCAGGGAUUUGGAGAAGGAUUUGAUCCUCUAGCUGAGGGGCAGGCAGGGGAUGGUUUCCCCCAGCAGCAGCAGCAGCAACGGCCUGGUAACAUGCCUGACUUUCAGCAUCACGGGCCUCCCAGUGGCAGCCAUGCUGUCCCUGCCCCCUGUCUACCCCUGGACCAGUCACCCAACAGAGCAGCAUCCUUCCAUGGACUCCCCUCUUCCUCAUCCUCAUCCUCUGAGUCUCACGGACUGGAGCCUCGGCGGAUGCCCAACCAAGGGACUGCAGAGGGAUUAGAAUAUAACUUCCCGAGUGAGCCUCCAUCUGGACAUUUUGAUGUUCAUGUGUUUUCACCAUCAGAAUCAGAAUCUCAGUUACCCCAUUUUGGGCCAGGAAGGCCUGUUCCCGGUGGGAAUUUCCCAGGAAAUCCCGGCAUGCCACGGACACCAGGUAUGCAGGGCAUGUCUAAGGGACACCAGCCGCCUCCACCACAGCCCCAGCAGCCGCAGCAUGGAGUGUUUUUUGAGCGUUUUGGGAACGGCCGGAAGGUGCCCGUGGGAAUGGAGCCGGGGGUCAAUGCAAGACAUCCUCUCAUGCAGCAGCAACAACAGGCUGGUUUGAUAGCCAGACAGAACUCAUGUCCCCCUGGCCUCCCCAGACCCCCUCAGGCUGAGCCCAGCUCUACUAACCCUAACAUUCUGGAUGGAGGGGUCAUGAUGCCUGGCCAACACAACCAGUUUGAAUAUCCCAUUCACAGACUGGAAAAUAGGGGGCUGCACCCCUAUGGGGACCCCAUGUUUAAUAUGCAACAGCCAGCUCCUCCUCCUCCCUCCCAGCAGCCCCCAAACCAGAGGCUGCAACACUUUGAUGCUCCUUACAUGAACAUGGCCAAAAGGCCCAGAUUUGACUUUCCCAAUUCACAUGGCGGUGAAGGAUGGUGCGGUGGGAUGGAUAACCAUCUCUCCCCCUCUGCCUACCCUGGCCUGCCUGGAGAGUUCACCCCACCUGUGAGUGAAGGUUUCCCACCAGGUCCCCUGCAGCAUCCAGGGCCAGAGCAGCAGUCUCUGCAGCAGCGUCAGAAUGCAGCCAUGAUGAUCAAACAGAUGGCCUCUCGAAACCAGCAGCAGAGAAUGAGGCAGCCCAGCCUGCAGCAGUUGGGUCACCAUGGCGAUGUUCCUCCUGGCCCCAUGUCUCACGGAGGCCCGGUUGGGAGCAUGCCCCAGCCCAACUUUGACAGGGAGAACGGUGGCAGGAUGCCCAAUAUUGAUGGACAAAAUCCUCAUGUAACUCAGGAGACCUCCUGGUUCCAAGGGUCCCACCCACCAGGGGAGAUGAUGUCACGGCGUAUGGGUGGAGCGGGGAAUGAAUCAGGGCCUCAUGAUAUGGGGAUGCAACAGAACGGAGCUGGGAUGAUGUUUAGGCCAGGCAUGGGCAUGCAGGAGCCCAUGAGAAUACCAGGAGAUGGUCACGUUCAGGCUCUCCAUUCCCCGGGCAUGCACUCACAGUUCAGCGGCAACAUGGGCAACCUCUCACAGAUGCAGAGUCCAGGGGCAGGAACAGGGCACCCAAACGCACCAGCAGAAAGGCGGCCAGCUGACUUCCCUGCACCUCCAAUGGGAGCACAGCCAACGUUUCCUUAUGGAGGGGGUAACCGUCAAGGGCCACCCCACAGUGCUCCCCAGGGGGUGAGCACCUCACCAGGGACAUAUCCUCCUCAGUCUGAGUUCCCCUCAGGCCAGCGGGCGUCUGUUAGUAAGCUAGGAGCUCUGUCUCUUGGGAACUUCAACAAAACCAGCUCUAAAGACAGUGUGUUUGGCCAGAGCUGCCUGGCGGCCCUUUCCACAGCCUGCCAGAACAUGAUAGCUAGCCUAGGGGCCCCCAAUCUUAACGUAACAUUCAACAAGAAGAACCAAAAUGAGGGCAAGCGAAAACUGAGUCAGACGGAGCAGGACAUUAAUAGCAGCACAUCUAAUGGGACUGGCAGUGCUGGUCCUGAAUAUUUUCAGAGCAGCACUUCCCAGAACAGCCAGAUGCCUGGCACUGUGAAUAGCAACUCUAAGCCUGCAAGUCAAAGUCAGACGGUGCAGGGGGAAGCCAGUGCCCUCUCCCCAAAUUUCAACAUGGACGCUACCCCGUGCAGUGAGGGGAAGGCAACAACAGGGAGUGGGAGAGGGAGAGGGAGGAGAAAAAGAGACAGUGGACAUGUGAGCCCUGGAAUUUUUUUUUCCUCUGACAAUGGUAACCCUGUUGUAAGUCCAGGCCAGCAGACCCCCUCAGCUGGCGUUGGGGAGAGGGGUGGGGGCACGCCCCAUGAUAAACACCUCCAGUCGCCCUCUUGGGGGAAAGGAGGUGACCUAAUGUUGGGGGACCAGGCUGAUCUGAUGUCAUCUUUGGACAGUGGCAUUCAAAGUGUCGCCAAGUCUGACAGCAGCUCACCUCGGGUGGACUUUCCUGACGAUGUCAGCACCCACUAUGGCAACGAGGACGAGGUAUCCUCCAGCUCAGACACAGGGGGGGCCUCCGCCACAAAGCCUAACCGCAGCCCUAUGAUCACCGGCUCACCCAAAAUGCAGAGGGGUGACCAUGGGUUGAUAAAUGGACAGAAGCCCCUCAAUAUGGGCAUUAACAAUCAUACUACCUCGACACCAGACAGCUAUGGACUGAAUGCUGGUGGGGGCACAGGGGGGAGUGGGGUGAGCCACCCGGGCACACCUGGGGUGGAGCAGGUACGCACUCCAUCCAGCACCUCUGGCCAGGAAGAAAUCCAUCCUCUGGAGAUUCUGCAGGCCCAGAUCCAGCUCCAGCGGCAGCAGUUUAGUAUCUCUGAGGACCAGCCGCUGGCCAUGAAGAAUGGCAAGAAGAAUGGCGACUGUCCCUCGCAGAAUGGAGACAAUGAGCUGGCAGGCUGCAGCCCGGAUGCUGGGAAGGGCUCAAUGGGCACUAUUGACCUUGACACCCUCAUGGCAGAGCAGCAUGCCACCUGGUACGUGCCCAGUGACAAGGCCAUGAUGGACGGGUCAGAGGAUGACAAGGCCAUGGGACCAUGGGAAAAAAAUAAGAGCCAAAACAACAGCAAAGAAGAAUCAGAGCUGACCCAGAGUAAGGCUGGAGCCGGGGCCCCUGGAGCCGGAGGAGGCGGAGGAGGAGGAGGGAGCAGCGGAGGAAACCACCUGCAGUGCCUGUCCGUCCACUGCACAGACGAGCUGGGGGACAGCAAGGGCCGAGGGGGGCCCGUCUCGUCCUGGCGCUCACUCCACUCUGAUAUCUCCAACCGGUUCGGGACGUUCGUGGCUGCACUGACUUGAACAAAAAAAGCAGGAAAAAAAGGAAUCACAAGAAAGAGCUUCAGAGACAAACGAUGGCGGGGAUGAAAUGUGUUGUGAGCAGCUCUUGCCUGUUCAGGAACAGAGAGACAUUUACACUCCAACAUGACCACACGCACUCUCACUCCCACAAACAUGCACACAUGCUAAUACCAUGUCUUUUCUGAUACAUGCAGUCACACAUAUGGACUCUUUCUCACGCACACGCUCACACAAACAUUGCUGGACUUUACCGCGCGGGCUCUACUCGACAAUGCCCACAUCUGGAAAACCUCAAAUCAAUAUUUUUUUUGUUUUUCUUUUAUUUUCUUUGUUGAAGAAAAAUAAAGAAAUGUCAAAGGAGUAAGAAAGGAAGAAGCAGGAGAAGAAAUAUUCGGUUGUCAGUGGCUUUGAUUGUAUACCAGUGUUGAGAACUCGUGACUUUAGUUAUUUUCACAUCUGAAAUGCAGACUUUAUCCUUCAAUUUAAGGCAAAUCUACUGGUCACUUCCCCUCCUAAGUCUCCUGAUUUCUUCCCUCCACAUUUUUCAUUUAAACACACCAGGAAGCAAAACUGAGCAAGAGAUGGUGAAUAUGCAUGAAUGUAACUCAACAUUUUAUUUUUUGGACAGCUUUUUCCCCUUAUUUCUCAAGCACAUUUUAUCAGUCUCUCUCAUGUCUGAUUUUAUUCCCCACCUUUUUCCUUAAAAUCCUUGUCUCAUUCUCUCCUCUUUUACUUCUCUGCUAGUGACUGUAUAAGCUCAACCACUUCUAUACAAUUCAGCCAAUGGGAACUGAAAAAAUAGACGCUGAGGGAUUGUUUAAUAAGGGAAUUGAAAAAAACAGACUAUUGGUAUUGCACAUGUAUAAUAAGAGAAAAUUUGCUGUGUGUUAGGCAAUCUUGUAAUCUUUAAAUAAAGCUUCUGUUGAAUUUGAAUUUCUGAAACAAUAGAUGGAGGACUGUGACGGCAAUUUACGAACUGAUUUUUGAUUUCUUUUUUGUUUUCUUUUUUUUAAUAAUAUGUAAAGUGCAGUCGUCUGUUUUCCUGCAUAUUGUAUAUAUCUGUAUAUGUUUUAUUGAGUAACUAAAUAACAAUAAAUAUGACGUUAAAGGUG